AUGGUCAAGCAGCUUCCCUUCAGCAACAUUCAGGUUCCUUCGCCGGGUUUCGGUGCGAUGGGCUUGAGCUUCGGGCUAGGUAGUAAUCUGAGCCUCGAGGAGGCGGAGCCAGUCUUGCUGAAGGCAAUUGAACUCGGUUGCACGUUCUGGGACACUGCUGUCAUCUACCAAGCUGGUGUGAACGAAAAGCUCCUCGGAGACUUUAUUCGAAAGCACAACGUUCGUGACAAAAUUUUCAUUGCCUCCAAAUGUGGUAUCAUCGCCUUUGGGGGAGAACGGAAAGUGACAAAUAGUGCAUCGCACAUUCAUGAAUAUAUCGAUGGAACUAUCGAGCGGCUCGGUUUCGCUCCUGACUUGUAUUACCUUCACCGGAUCGAUCCCAAUACACCCCUUGAAGAGAGUAUCCCUGCGCUAGACAGCAUCCGCAAGGCGGGCAAGUCCAAGUACAUCGGUCUUUCAGAGUGCUCGGCUGCGACGUUGCGCAAAGCUAAUUCCAUUGCCAAGAUCGAUGCCAUCCAAGCAGAGUACUCAGCUUUCGAGACAGUACACGAGACAGAUGGCUUGAUCGAGACAGCCAAGGAGUUGGGUAUCGCCUAUGUCGCCUAUAGUCCUCUAGGACACGGCUGGCUGGUCGAUAACUUUGACUAUAAGUCACCUGAUGACUUCGCUCCGGAUGAUUUCCGUCGCCAGUCCCCCAAGUUCCAAGGUGAGAACUUCUACAAGAAUAAGGCAAUCGUCGAAGAGAUAAAAAAGCUCGCAGCUCGCAAGGGUUGCACUAUCAGCCAAAUCGCGCUCGCUUGGGUCGCCGCCCAAGGAAUGAUUGCUAUUCCCGGAACAACCAAGGCAAAGCGUUUGGAGGAGAACUGGGCAUCCCGAGAUAUUGUUUUGACUGAGGAAGAGAAGCAAGAGUUCCGCAGGGUCAUUGAAGCCGCCAAGCCUUAUGGCAACCGGUAUUCUCCUGCGCAUGCGGCCAUGGUUGGGCACUAG